AUGUGGGUGGGCAACGAACAGGCCUGUUCCGAGAAGGGCCCACGGGCGCCGGCGGUGGGUGGCCCCGGGCGCGGGGGGGCCCCAACACCUGGCGGGACAACCGGGCUCAAGACCACCAAGUACACGCUGCUGUCCUUCGUGCCCAAGAACCUGUUCGAGCAGUUCCACCGCCUGGCCAACGUCUACUUCGUCCUCAUCGCGCUGCUCAACUUCGUGCCCGCCGUCAACGCCUUCCAGCCGGGCCUGGCGCUGGCGCCCGUGCUGUUCAUCCUGGCGGUCACGGCCUUCAAGGACCUGUGGGAGGACUACAGCCGCCACCGCUCCGACCAGGAGAUCAACCACCUGGGCUGCUUGGUCUUCAGCAG